UAUGAAUCCUAAAAACAGUUAUUUGUACACCCGGCUCAGGCCCAUUGAAAUAUGAAUCCAAAUGUUCAAGCGUAGCACAUCUCCUCAUACUAAUUUAACUGUAAUUUGAUGAAUUGGGUGUCUUUGUGUGUGUAUUUCCAGUGGGAUAAAAAAGGAUGGAGGAGAAAAUUGGUCACGGAUUCAAGCUGCUCAUUUCAUGUCCUUCUGGUCUCUCUCCUUCACAGGUAUCAGUUGUUUUCGAUGAAGCAUAUGAUAGGAUUACUCAUCCUGAUCCUACUUUGGAGCUGUCCAUUUCUGAGAUAUGGGAUGCAAGGGUUCAACAAAGCUCAUCACUUUACAAUGGAACAAAGUUCAGGUACAGUGGAUACAACUUCGAUGUAGGGAAUAAUUCCAAACAGCAGCCUCAUGUUUCCCUUCAUCUUGGUCUGACAGAUUAUAGGACAUUCGUGGGAACAAAUUUAAGUCCUAUGUGGGAAAGAUUUCUUGUUCCUUCUGAAGAUGAGCGUAUCCAGUGUCAGCACACAUCAAGUCCUCUGGGUAAUGGUGCAGUUGUGGAAACUUCUGAUAAAAGAAUACUUGUGCUUCAAAGAAGUAAUAAAGUCGGAGAAUUCCCUGGAUAUUUUGUUUUUCCUGGAGGCCAUCCAGAGCCCCAAGAAGUCGGAAUAAUCUCCCAUGAAGGCUUCGAAGAGUUGAAUCAAUGUCACACUAUUAAUAGCAAAGUUUCUCAGGAAAUGUUUGACAGCAUUGUCCGUGAAGUUGUUGAAGAAAUUGGAGCUCCUGCAGAUUCCCUUUCCAGUCCCAUCUUUAUUGGUGUAUCUCGGAGAAUAUUGAAUGUUAGACCAACUGCUUUUUUCUUCAUCAAAUGCAAUCUUCAGUCAGAUGAAAUUCAACAACUGUAUUCUAGUGCACAGGAUGGCUUCGAGUCAACCAAGCUUUAUACUGUUUCAAUGAAUGAUUUAGAGAACAUGGCUUCUAAAAUGCCUGGCUGCCACAGGGGAGGCUUAGCACUCUACAAAUUAAUGGUACAAGGCACCAGUGAUGGUUAAUCUCAUCGUUUGCUGAAUGAGGAUUUCGUAGCCUCUAAUGUCUUGCUUGCCGGCUUUAUAUAUGUUCCGUCUUGCAUUCUUUGAUGUGCAGUCUCAUGCUAUGCUAUUUCACUGAUCAAAAGAAAAGUUCCCAUGGAAAUCUAAAUGAGCUAUAAUUAGUUUUUUUUUUUUUAAAAAAAGCCAAAUACAUGGCAAUUAUAUCCAAUAAAUUAAUGACACUUGUUUUAUUCCCUAAAUAAUUACAAAAAAGUCCCCCCCGCCACCCCCACCCCCACAUUGUCUUCUCCAACAUGCACAGUUUAUGCAAUUUAGUCAUACUGCUCACACUACAUCCACGGGGUUUGGAGUUGGAAAAGUAAUUAAAUCAGAAGCAAGCAAACACAUUUAUCUUAGCUUCUUUGUUAUGUAUUCAAACACAUUUGACUAAAUGGACAUUUUUAACACA